CGGAAUGUCCGAUCUUUAAGCAAGUCGCACCUGUAACUCUUGAGUGCGCACUUCACUAAUUGUGUUCGAAAUAAACGCGGCGACUCCUUUCUCUCGCGGUUUUGAUUAUUUAUAUCGAUACACGUUUCAUUAUAUCGGCAAAGAUCGAUACACAGAUACAGCAACAUUCCUAAGUUAUCAUGCACCAACUUUUAGUGCGAAAUCUAGGCCUCACUUGAUUUUCUCCGGUAAGCUGUGCUUAUUGUUACAAAGCCUUGAAGACGCCAAUACUCGGAACCUGAUAUCAAAAGAUAACUUCCUGUUGUGCAUCAAGUCUUCAAUUUUUGCCGAAAUGGAUGGUGGAAAAGGUUUUAAACGAUUGACACAUGGUACACUCCACAGUCUACAGAAACUUGAGGACAUGACACAUAAUGCAGCUGAUGAGAAGGAAAGUAUGGCAAAGCAACAACAUCAACUAUCAACCUUACAGAAAUCGCUGCAGCAACUAGUACAACAGCAGGACAGACUCACAUAUAAACUACAACAUGGUCCCUCUAAGGUACUAAGUAACCUCUUGAGAGAUGAAGAUGCAGAUAUUGAAGUCACUUCUGAGGCCCAACAUGCUGCCAUUACCAGCUCAAUAGCAUUCGCCAAAAGACUCAAGACUUUGGAAUUCCUUCAAGCUUACAGAUUAUCAGGUGCAACUGUGACAAGUGUAAGUGAUAGAUAUGUGCGGCUACGGUGGGACACAUUCUACCAGGGCGAGUACUAUGAACCAUACUAUAUGGAGCUGGAAUUUAAAGGUCAACUGCAGGUGUAUCGACACACAUUACCACACUUUCUACAACUGACAAACAUUGUUGAUGAACAUUUGAAUGAAGAGCUGACCUACUUUGUGGAUGAGAUUGGUGAUUUAUUGAAUGCAUAUGUGUCCAGAAGGCAGCAAGUUGCACAGCUGAAGCUGGACCAUUCCUCUAGCAUUGCUGGAGACAUUCGUCAUAGUCAGUCAUUGGACUAUGUACAGAUAACCUUUCUGUCCAGUAAUGGAAGUUGCAGUCCGCUGACAGUAGAUCUAUAUUACGGAAACUUACAUGCUACACGUCCAACAAAAGUUCUUCUUGCUGAUAAUGACAAUGACAGCAUAAACAGUGAUCCAUCUCUUUUGAAGAAGCUACAAUCUUCAUUGAAGCACAGAGAGCUAUCCAAGGCAAUAUCAUCAGCAACAGGCAACGUUUAAGGGUUCCUAACUGAUCUGAUCAAGUGUGAUGGACGUGAUCAAGCUAAAUGAGUCGUUUGUCAGGAACUUUUAUUUGGAGAUCCAGGCCAAAAUAGGGCCACUUCAUCACAUCACUUUAUCACAUCUCU